AAAUCUAUUUAGAUUUCAUUUUACUUUCUUUCUCUUUCUUUCUUUCUUUGGGGAAGCUUUAAAAAGCAAGAAAAUCCAACUCUGCUAAUCUUUUGUUUUCUGUCUUUCGCUGUUCUUGAUUUCAGAGGAUUUGGAAACAUGCGAUUUUCUCUUCUUUUCUACUUGUCAUGCGUUUUAACCAUGCAAACUUUACAUGCAAAUGAUGUUUCUAAGCAGUUUUCCUCUGUAGUUGUAGGGAUCUGUCAAAAGUAAAAAUGGAAGAUGGGAGUGAGUAUCGCUGUUGGGAUGAGCUGAUACCUGAUGCACUUGGGCUAAUCUUUAGAAAUCUUUCUUUGCAAGAGAUACUGACAGUGGUCCCAAGGGUUUGCAAAUCAUGGAACAGAGCAGUUUCAGGGCCUUACUGUUGGCAAGAGAUUGACAUUGAGGAAUGGAGCAAUAAGCGCCAGCCUCACCACAUUGAUCGCAUGCUUAGAAUGUUAAUUGCUCGAAGCUGUGGUUCCCUCCGCAAGCUCUGUGUUAGUGGCAUCCCCAGUGAUGCUAUUUUUCCGUUCCUCGCAGAUCAUGCUGGAUCCCUUCAGACAUUGCGGACGCCAAGAAGUGAAAUAAGCGAUUCAAUUGUUGAACAGAUUGCUGGAAGGCUUUCAACAAUCACUUUCUUGGAUGUAAGUCAUUGUAAUGAAAUCAGUGCUCGUGCUUUAGAGGCUAUUGGAAAGAAUUGUAAAUUGCUUUCGGGCUUGUGCCGAAAUGUGGAGCUAUCAUCUUCAGCAAACCAGCUUCUGCAAGACGAUGAGGCCCAGGCCAUUGCUAGCACAAUGCCUAAGCUGAAGCAUUUAGAGGUGGCUUACCAUCUUCUUAUAAACACUGAAAGUGUGUUGAAGAUCCUUUCAAGCUGCCCUGAGCUCGAGUUUCUGAAUUUGACAGGAUGCUGGGAUGUGAAAUUUGAUAGGAAUUUCCUCCAAGAAAAAUUCCCAAAAUUGAAGGUUGUGGGGCCUCAUUUAUUGGAUUAUUACGAUAUGAAUGACUGGGGAGAUUAUUGCUCUGAAUAUUCAGAUGCAUAUUCAGAUGCUUCUGAAUACUUCGCCUGGGAAAUCUUUUCUGGCGACAUGGAAGAUUAUGAUGAUGAUGAUGACGAUGAUAGUUAUGAUGGGAUGUGGGAUGAUGAGCAAAGGCUGGAAGAGCUUGAGCUAAGGUUUUAUGAAGGAAAUGAGGAUGCCGGAUUAUAUGGUUGGCCUUUAUCUCCAUAGUUCAUGUUUCCUUUUCUUGCCUCUGUUCAGUUUUCUAUUUCUAGCACUAAAUGCAUCUACCUAGUACUUGCUUUAUGCACUGCGAGUAUAUAUAUAUAUAUGUUUCAGUAGAAAUGAAUGAAGUUGUAUGCUUUUGUGUCA